GUUCACAGAGAAAACAAAUUAUCAGACACUGGUGUAGGGCUAUAGCUUUCGAAGGUUUCACUCUGAAGAAUGGAAGAUUUACACAUUAACAACACUUCACAGGACAACAGCGACUACCACAGCAACAUCAUCUUUGGCUACAAUGAUUACCGUGUAGAAGCAGGAUUCAUUAUUAAAGUCUUUACAUGCAUAUUCAUAAGUAUCGGCCUUCCUUUAACGCUCAUGGCCAUCUACGCUCUUUAUUCGCAGGUGAGAAAUGAUCAUGUUGCUCCGAUCUACAUCAUCAACCUUCUAAUUUCGGACCUUAUUCAGUUCUGCUGCAUGAUCGUUGAGGUGGUGCAACCUGAGGAUUCAACAACAGACACUAUCUUCACUCUAAUUUACAUCUAUAGUCUGGGGGCCAGUGUUGGCUUCAUGGUGUGUGUCGCCCUGGAAAGGUAUUUGGUCAUCGCCUGCCCACUGUGGUACCGCUUCAGACGAACCAUCAAGAUCUCUGUGCUGGUCUGUGUCGUGGUCUGGGUCCUUCCUGCUCUCUGUCUCCUCAGUGUCUCUUUUUGCUCUAAUUAUCGUAUUAAAGACAUCAUCUUCACCGUCUUUUUACUCCUUCCCCUCCCACUGCUCAUAUUCUUCCUGGGUGGGACCCUCAGAGCUCUGUCUGCCUGCAUCUCGGUCCCAUCUGACGAAAAACGACGUGUUGUAGGAAUGUUGGUCCUGGUGCUGCUGAUUUACACGCUGCUGUUUCUUUCCCUCAUCAUUUGGUUACUGACAAAGGGAGAUAAAAUGAACACCUUCCUCACUGAAAUGUCUUUCACUUUAAUUAAGUUGAGUCCUCUUGCAGACUUAGUUCUGUAUGUUUUCAUGAGGAAAGGUGCCAUAGACAGGCUCUUGGCCGCUGUGUGUUGUUGCAGAAUGGACAGCAAUGAAACCAGCAGUACGGCAGUAUCAGUGGUGACAACACAUCCACAGUCAGCUUCAAGUAGGCAGAGACAGAGGGACACAGAGACAGAGAUAGAGGAGGGAACAGAAGACAUGUAGGCUGACAGGAAGGACAGAGACACAACAGAUUCUGUCCUCUACUGAUAUGAUUUCCAGUAAGACACCUAACUGUAGAUAGCAGGAAGUCUUGUCCUGACUCUGCUGUGGGAGUUCUGCUCACUGGGAAAUUUGUGAUGGCUUCAAAAACGUUAAUCAAAUAUGUUUUCCAUAAGUUUAGCUGUAAGCUGAUGUCUAUCAUUAUCAUUAAUCACAGAAACAAACCAGAUAUUAUCUUUGAUUCACUGAGCUCAUUAAAGCUGCCACACUGUCUUAAACUAAACCUUUAUUUAGACUUUAACACAGAAAGAGCAUCUUAACAAGUCUGCAGGACCUUUUACUGCUUUAGUCUCUCAUAUUCAUUUUUAAUGAGGUUGUUUACUCUUCUCUGUUGUAACUAUUUUCAGCAGGUAAUAAACUA